AGAACAGUUGUAAGUAUGCUAGAAAUACUUUUUUUUCUUUCAAUCAUUUGAGAGUGUUGCUGACCUGAUGCUCCAUCAUCCUUGAAUACUUUAGUAUUUCCUAUAAACAAGGGGCAUUCUCCAACUUUACCACAAUACAACUGUCAAAAUCAGGAAAGUAACAUUGACACAUUACUUCCAUAUAAUUAUCAGAUCCUCUUCAAAUGCUGCUUGUUAUUAUACCAGUUAUAUGCUUUAUAGCAAAAAGGAUCCAGGUCAGAAUCACACAUUGCAUUUAUUUUUCAUGUUGUCUUAGUCUCCUCCAGUCUGGAACAGUUUCUUCAGGCCUUCUUUGAUGUUCAUAACCUUGAUGCUAUUAAGUUAUUUUGUAGAAAGUCCCUCAAUUUGGACUUGUCUGGUGGUUCCUCGUGUUUAAUUUAGGUAACAUAUCUUCAACAGGAAUAUCACAGGAGUGAUGCUAUGUUCUCCACUGCAUGAUUUCAAAAGUGUGAGCCACUGCCCCAUGUUGUGUUGAUGCCAGUCUGCCAUGCUAGCCUGUCUACCAGGGCCAGGUGACCUGUCCUUUCAGCUUCUUUCUCACACGCAGAUGAACACUGGACUUCAGAAAUGGGACACUACACAGAAAAUGAGAACUGCUCACUAUCCUACCCCAGCCGAAUUGGAUGCGUAUGCUAAGAAGGUCGCAAACAACCCACUGACUAUAAAAAUCUUCCCCAACAGUGUGAAGGUUCCCCAGCGGAAACACGUUCGUCGUACUGUGAACGGCCUCGACACAUCAGCCCAGCGCUACAGCCCCUACCCGACACAGGCUGCCACCAAGGCAGGCCUGCUUGCCAUUGUCAAAGUGCCAGCCAAAAGCAUACUCAAGGACUUUGACGGCACCCGAGCCCGGUUGCUCCCUGAGGCCAUCAUGAACCCCCCAGUGGCACCCUAUGCUACUGUGGCACCCAGCACUUUAGCCCACCCCCAGGCCCAGGCUCUGGCCCGCCAGCAGGCCCUGCAGCAUGCACAGACCCUGGCCCAUGCCCCUCCCCAGACGCUGCAGCACCCUCAGGGUAUCCCGCCACCCCAGGCACUGUCCCACCCUCAGAGCCUCCAGCAGCCUCAGGGCCUGGGCCACCCUCAGCCCAUGGCCCAAACCCAGGGCUUGGUCCACCCUCAGGCCCUGGCUCACCAGGGUCUCCAGCAUCCCCACAAUCCCUUGCUGCAUGGAGGCCGGAAGAUGCCAGACUCAGAUGCCCCCCCGAAUGUGACCGUGUCUACCUCAACUAUCCCCCUUUCAAUGGCGGCCACUCUGCAGCACAGCCAGCCCCCGGACCUGAGUAGCAUCGUGCACCAGAUCAACCAGUUUUGCCAGACGAGGGCAGGCAUCAGCACUACCUCAGUGUGUGAGGGCCAGAUCGCCAACCCCAGCCCCAUUAGUCGCAGUCUGCUCAUCAAUGCAAGCACCCGGGUGUCGACCCACAGCGUCCCCACACCAAUGCCUUCAUGUGUGGUCAAUCCCAUGGAGCACACCCACGCGGCCACUGCCGCGUUGCCUGCUGCAGGUCCUGUCAACCUGCCCACAGGCAUCUCUCGCGUCCCCACUGGCUACCCUAGCGACCUCAAGCCAGUCACCUGGAACCAGCACCAGCUGGCCCACCUACAGCAGAUGUGCAGCGAGGCUAGUGGGACGCCAGCCCCUGGCCUGACAGGCAAGCAUGCGGCAGGACGCGAGUUGGCAGGGCCUGGCUUUGUGGGCAAGGCCCCUGCCUACCCGCAGGAACUCUGCCUGGCGCAGUCCUUCCAUCUGAAGCCACCCCUGGAAAAGCCGACCCCAUCCCCACCAGUCAACGGCAUGGCAGCCCCAUUGGCCUACCCCAAUGGUCACUACUUCCAACCCCUGUGGAACAACAUUCUGCCCACUCCCAAUAGCGACAGCUCGGGGUCUCAGGACCUCGCCAUGCCGUUCCACGGUGGGCAGCCCACAGGUGCACCCCUCGACUGUGCGGCAGCUCCCGGGGCCCACUACCGAGCAGGGACCGGGGGCGGUCCAGUGGCAAGCCAGAACAGCUUGAUGCAAACAGUGGAUUACCUAAGUGGGGAUUUCCAACAGGCCUGCUUCCGAGAACAGAGCCUGGCCAUGCUGAGCAAGGCCCACCGAGCCCCUGGCAACCGAGCCCCCGAUCCCACAGAGAGUCGAAGUCUUCAUAUUCAGCACCCAGGGUAUAGAUAGGUAGCCCUGCUGCCCUCCACGUGCAACACAUCAUACAUCACCCUCCUAGGUUUAGUCUUUUAAGUAACUGGAUAGUUUCAAAGUUUCACUGCUCCAGUGUGAUCAUUCUUAGAUGUCUAAGAAAGGGAAUUUGGUGGGAUCUAAGUGGGGACAGAAGGGGUCCUCUCGUCCUCCCCUCCAGCAACUUUUGGUUUUAUGUUAGAAUCUAACCCUAAGCCCAGGCUUUUCUCUCCACUGACUGCCUGUCAGCUAGUCUCUCCACCUUGGCCGUUUCCAGCCAGCUCCCACCCAUCUUUUCUUGAAUCUCUUCCUGUUUCCCUUAGGACGACUGAUGUGUGGGCUGAUGGAAUGCCCUAGUUGAGGUAGUAUAGGUGCUCAGGCCCCUAAUCCAGACUUCUACCUGUUGCUACCCCCCUUCCCCUCCCUCCAGGACUAAGAAGCAAGAUUUCCCAGGUGCUCUGAAAGCUAAUUACUUAUUGAAAGAUCUCAAAUCAAAGCUGACCCAGUCUUCAUAUCCUUCAAGUUCCUUUCCAUUCCUCAAGGCUUUGUUUUGUGUCUAUAUUGAUCCCACAGCCACUGCACUUGCCCUUGCCACUCUUGAUCUCAAGGGCAUCUUGGAAGUAUUUGACCAUUUCUUGAGAUAUGGGGGGAAAAAGUCUUUGUAUUGGCAUCUUGGUUCCAGACUCCCCUUUCCAAACCUAGAAAAAUACAGUGACCUUUGAGCAUACCCAAGAUCCCUUUCUCACUGUUGCCUGUCCCCUAACUCACCUCCCCACAGCCCCUAUCCUUUCCCCCUCAACAAAAACAAAAUCUACCUUACUUGAGGAAUUAGGUAGGUAAGGAAUGAUCACAUUGGAGUUUGGGAUUAAAAACACCAAAAAAAAAAAAAAAAUGCAUUUGGUUCUCUCUACACUGGCUAAGAAUAUUGCUCUACACUGUAAGUUUUAAAUGUUACGUUUCUGUAUGAAUGUAGUGUGGGUUUGAGUAGCAUUGUGUGUGAGUGGCCCCACAGGUACAUUCACCCUCUAGUGCAGCCCCUCAGUUUAAUGAAGGAAAAAAAAAAACAAACACAAAGCCUUAAGCUCUUUGAGUACUUCCUUUACCAGAUGAGCAUGGUUCUAACACCUGGAGCUGGGCCUACAUUGGAAACAGCCCCUCCUGCCCUCUGUCCAUUCUUAGAGCAUACCUUCAUCCACUCCAUGCUCAGCACGUCUCAUCCCAAGCGACAAUUAGUUGGCUAGAAACGCUUUUCUGUAAUUUUAAACUUAGACUGUUUUGUUACAAAUUUUUGCACCAUUCUGUUAAAGAUGCAGAAUUGGGCUUUUUUAUUUUUUACAGAUGAAAUAAGCCCUUACCUUUCCUCUUGUCUCUGGGGAAUGUCAGCUGAUGGUUCUUAUUUAAGGUUUGGCAUUUUGUUCACUAUCCACUACUGUUCGUUAGUCAGAAAUUCUCUAGUGAUCUGAAGCAAUGUGACUGAAGACCAGUUUUAAGUUAUGUGUUGGCAAGUUGCCUUAUAUUUAAAAGGAAAAAGAAAAAGAAAAAAAGCCUGAUUGUGUUAUGCCAAAUGAUAGCAACAUGAAGUCCUAAUUUAUUGUUCCCAAUUGUUUUCCUGCCGUCUGUGAACACUGGUACCUCCCUGUCCUGAUCCCCCAGGAGCACCUGUAGCUUCUGACUCAAUGCCUUCUCCGAAGGUGUUGGCCGCCAUCUCACCCAGGGCCCUCUUCCAGUUCCUGCUUUUCUGAGUCAGAUUUAAAGAGCACCACUGUCUUCCCCCUAUCCCUUGCUUGAUCUCCAAAGCAGAUAUUCUUGCUGUAUUUUUUUUUUUUUCCUCCCCAAUACCUCUCCCUGAAAGGUGAGCUGCUAUUUUAGGAAACUGGACCAGACACCAACUUGGGGGCUUUAAGUCAAACAACCUCAAACCCAUCUCUUCCUGUGUAGGGGUGCAAGCCUCUGAAGCUCUCACUCCCACCCUUAGUCUGCAUGGAAAAUGUACUGUGAUUCCCCCUGCCCCCAACUGCCCUCGCCUUUGGUGUGAGAUGUUCCUUCUUUCGGAGUUCAGCCUGAGUCCCUCUCCCCUCUGCCAGCCAACCCCCAGCCAGCAAUAAGGGUCCAAGCCAGGGCCUCCUCUCCACACUCCCUGUCUCCAUCCUACACUACCCUAGGGAAUACCUGGAUUCCCCAUUCUAUCCACAUACUGUAGCAUUCAUUCUCCAUCUCUCUCACCUCACCUGUGGUGGUUUAUGGUGUGAUGGGGUUUUUAAGAUUAUUAUAAACCAGUAAAAAUAAGAAAACCUCG